UGCUCUCAGCUUUUGCCUCUAAGUCCAUCACUUGUUGGAUGUUUAUUUUAUUUCAAUGUUUUCAGCAUUUUUUAAAAUAUUUCCUUUGGUCUAUUUAUUUACAUCUGUAUCUUCCCGUGAAGAUCAGAAGGUGAACCCGUAGCUUUAAAGGCUACAUACGCGUAAAAAGGCGCUUGUCCCGAAGUGUCUCUGUCCUCUGACCCGUCUGGUUGUGCACCUCCGGUCCUGGAUGUCUCUUCGCUGGUCAGCCUGAACUGCUGUGUGUUGGUUCCUCGGACUGUAGGGGUUUGUGUUUGUUUCGCAGCGGCGGCGUGCGCGCCGGACUCCGGCUCAUCCUUGGAGAAGUUCCGCCGCAGUCCCAUGCCCAGCGCUCCUCUGCGGCUGAGAUAAGGAUGCUGGCGGCUUUUCUCGGUCUGGAUCCACUGGGUCUCUUCGAGAUGCACUGUCCGAACAUCUGAACCAGAUAUGUUCAUAGAGAAUUUCCUUUGACUGAAGUUCAAACCAAAUAACUUCCAAACACUCCCCUGAUGUGUUAAGCUACUUUGCUGAACAGUUUGAUGGAGAGCUGGUCGGAUGACAGCUGGAACUGUUGUCAUAACUGGAGGAAUACUGGCCACAGUGAUACUUCUGUGUAUCAUAGCCGUGCUCUGCUACUGUAGACUCCAGUACUACUGCUGUAAGAAGAAUGGGUCUGACAGUGGCUCCCUCUCUCAGCAACACUUUGCUUGCAACGCCUGCAGCAUCACUGGCCUGGACGGCCCAAUCAUCACCCCUCUGUCACUGUCGCCACCAGAGCCGGCCAAAUCCUUUAACCCCACCAAACCUACCAUGGGGCAACACCGCUACUGUCCCACCUGCUCACCCUAUGACUCGCCCUUCUACAUCCGUACCACGGACGAGAUGCGCAACGGUGGAGAUCGCGUCACCUACAUGCCAACACACUAUGAGAACCAGGCGCUGGCGAUGCCGCUGCCCGCUGUCCGAGGCUCCAUGCUGAGGGAAAGCCAGCGCGGUCACCCUCCUGAUUUCUACACCAACACCAGAGCCAUCAGCACCGAGGUGUGACCACCUCUACACACCAGCGCCACUGAAAAGACACAACCACUAUUGUAGAUUUUGGCUUCCACUGCAGAUGCCAGUGAGUUUGUGGAGGCAACACAUUUAGGAUCAAUCUGGGUUGUAAUGGAAAUAACUGAGGAUUGCUUUAGCUGAAGCUGGAGAUGAAAAAUAAGUUCCUCCUUAUUUUCAAAAAAGAACUGGUCCUCUAAAUGUCCAAACAUGUACCUAGUGGAAGGGUACGCCUGCUGACUGUUGAUGGAUCGCUUUCCCCUGAGGAGUAACUAGAUCCAUGUACGACUUUCUUGUGCUAUGUAUCUUCUUCCAAAGUUUACUGUGAUGAGAUGUAUGGAUAAGUUUAAAACAGACUGAAACUUUUGUCAGCUAUUUUUUUUAAGUAGUUGACAAACAGAAAAGUUUGUGGAUUUAUGCAAGCAUGAGGUGUGGCAGUGUGCAGCAGAGGACACCUGGAUUUGAAUCCUCUAUGCAAGGUCUUCAGUCAGCAUCAUAGCUUUUCAUUUCCAGGCGUCUCCUUUCAGCAGUUUUUUUGGUGAACAGGUUAUCUGGGAUAUGUUGUUGACAACUUGUAAGAUGUAAUGAUUCUAUACAUGUAGAUAGACAUGAAAAACUUUUGAUAGCACUAUAUUAUGCAACCUGUACUAAAGGGCUACUUUCUUGGUACUUACAGGUUAGUUUCCUGGAAAAUAAAGGUUUUCUUUGGAACUUACUGGUUACGAUCCCAGAUCCUACAGCAAGUGGAGGAGUUAGAGGUAACUUUCCUGAAAUACUCACGAAGCUGAUUCUACUUAUUAGGUACUUUUCUCCAACCUACUAUGUACUAAUUAUUCUGAAAAGAGCACUUUCUCGGUUCUGGGAAAGUAAUCAGAACAUUUCCUAAAGGAUUUGGAACAGUACCUGGUCAAUUUAAGUUUAGGAAACUUCCAAGAAAACGCCUUGUAUAUUCUGAAAACUUACCACUACGUUCCAGGAACAUAGCUAGUAUGUCCUGGGAAAGCAAACUGCAAAACCCAACAAAGUAACCAGCAAGUUCCAGUAAGUUCGAGUACAGAAAGGGCUGCAGUGUGUAGUGUUACCAAAUCUUUUAAAACGAAAACUGAAACAUGGCGUUUCAAUUCUUUCUUAACAUGUAGCUAAACACGACAGAGCCUGAGCCCUCAAUCUGCUUAAAAUUAACCCAGCAACUUUCUUUUGUCUGAAAAAGAUGCAAAAAAGUUAUGUAAAUAUUUACCUGAAAGCAAUCUCUUGAUUCCACCGUGUGAAAGAUGGUGAUGCAAGCAGGAAUCUGAACAUUAGGAAUAAGGGGGUUUGAUUUACUGGUUUUAGGGAUUUCUUCUAUACUCCAGCGUAUUCUACACUUAUACUUGUCUACUCUCAUAUUAAAUAUCAGACAAUUUGACUGAAAGGAAUUAGAUAUACACCUUCUUUUUAUUGACAACUUCCCAUUGAAAAUUACAUUUUGUGUGACAUCGGUCUUCUGUCUACAGCAUGGUUGAAGAUUUGGAGCAAUAAACCUUAAUGAUUUGACAGGUGUGAACAAGAGUUAAGGCCAAUUUAGAUGGGUCUGAUGUUAAAAAUGCAAAUAUAAACUUCUGUAACCUCUUUCCAGCUGUGGUGUAGAUGACAUUUAUCUCUCAGUGAUAUUUUCUAAAUGCUUCUUUGUGAAUUAAGGAUGACCCAUUUGAAUCACAGCUGGAUUUAAAUCACAAAUUAACUAAAAUUACACCAAAUGAAGUUCACUAAUAAGCUAUAAUAUUUCAGAUCAAGGUGAUUCUGUAAAAUACGCUAACCCAAUGUGGAUGUAAUCUUGAACAGCUUUGAUGUCCUUCAAUUAUUUAUGUAGUGUAGCAACUAUAUAUUUUAAUGUUUACUUAACAUGUUAUAUUUAAAAAACUAAAAAAAAAAGUUUUUAAAUGUGGUUUGAAAAAAAAUUGUACAUCAUAACAGUAAAAAAUGAAUAUCUGAUGGUGUUAACUUUUGACAAUUAAAUAUUUCUAAGUCUAUAAAUCGACUCUUCAUUAUUGUAUGUCUUGUAAAUAAACAUAGGUAAAAAACUCAACAAUAAGUUGCAUUUAAAAUUUUGAACGGUGUUUCUAGCUGGAAAUAUGUGGAAGUUCUUAACUGAAACCGCUCAAAGUUUUCAGCAGAUUUUUCAGAAAUGAUGGGAUGUGCCAUUAAUUUCAAUGGGGCCAAAGAUGAUUACAAAAUAUUUGUCAAUACCAAAAGACAAAGCUGUAAUGUCCUGACUGAGCUGAAUAUGGUAAAAGUUGAAUGGUUGAAGUAGCACAAUUCAGUAGUUAAGUGGUGAAAAGUGUACAGAAAAACUGGAGGAACUCCAGAAAGACAUUUUUCUGCCAGACAUUAACGCAUCAAACGACAACAACAUGGGAGUCAAUGUGCCUCCCACCAUCAUGGCCCAUUUACUACAUCCACCAGGCACAGACAUUAAGAAGACUACAAUCUGAAUAAAAUCCUCUUUUUUUUGUGUGCAAUUUUCUGAAUUCCUUAUUAUAGUUUAUACAUUACAAAUGUAAGUUCACAUUUUGAUCCAGAUAUCUGUUCCAAUAUCUUUGUUGGCACGUACAUUAGCGCGCUUCAUCAGUUAGCUACCUCUGUUUUCAUCACCUGAUUAAUAAAAAUUCCUUCCA